AUGCUUUCAACCCUCAUCACACAUCUUAUUAACCCCCUCGCAUAUAUCGUCCCUGUCCUUCUGGCCGUCGCAUUCCUUACUCUGCUUGAACGAAAAGUUCUAGGCUAUAUACAGCUACGAAAAGGGCCAAAUAUCGUUGGUCCUUACGGCCUUCUCCAGCCCAUUGCUGACGGACUUAAACUCUUCAUCAAAGAACCGGUCCGCCCGUCUACUUCUUCCCCUAUCCUUUUCCUUUUUACACCAAUGCUGGCUCUCACACUUGCCCUAAUAAUGUGAGCGCCCAUACCCCUACCCUACCCGGUAGUUGAUUUAAACCUAGGAAUUCUAUUCGUCCUCACUUUAUCUAGCCUCGCAGCCUACUCUAUUCUAGGAUCAGGCUGAGCCUCCAACUCCAAAUAUGCCCUAAUAGGCGCCCUACGUGCCGUAGCCCAGACUAUUUCCUAUGAAGUUAGCCUCGGCUUAAUUCUUUUAGUUGCCAUUAUUUUUACAGGGGGCUUUGCCCUUCAAACCUUUAACACCACACAAGAAGCUGUGUGACUCAUCCUUCCCUUAUGACCUCUGGCCGCAAUAUGAUACGUCUCCACUCUAGCAGAAACCAACCGUGCUCCCUUUGACUUAACUGAGGGGGAGUCAGAACUAGUUUCUGGCUUCAAUGUCGAAUACGCAGGAGGCCCAUUUGCUCUAUUCUUCCUAGCAGAAUACUCCAAUAUUCUCCUUAUAAACACUCUCUCCACCAUUUUAUUCUUAGGUGCCUGCCACAUCCCAGCCCUUCCAGAAAUUACCUCAAUAAACUUAAUAACUAAAGCAGCCCUCCUUUCAGUUGUGUUCCUAUGACUCCGAGCCUCCUACCCUCGAUUCCGAUAUGAUCAGCUCAUGCACCUCACCUGAAAAAACUACCUCCCCCUCACACUAGCUCUGAUUAUUUGACAUCUUGCCCUUCCCAUUGCUUUCGCAGGGCUCCCUCCACAACUAUAA